CUCAGAAAAUGGCGUUUUGUUGGAGUGUGAGUGAUCGGACGUAGUUAAGUGGGGGCACAUUCUAGUUUUUCAUUCAUGAGAAGCGUACUUUGUGGAUUACCACUAUUUUUAGUUUAGUGAUAUAAUGGCAGCAAAUAUGUAUAGAGUUGGAGAUUAUGUCUAUUUUGAAACCUCAUCCACGGCAUCGUAUCAAAUUCGACGAAUUGAAGAACUAAUUAAGACUCCAAAUGGAAAUGUGGAAGCCAAAGUGAUGUGUUUUUAUAGAAGAAAAGAUAUCUCAAGUUCACUGGUUCUGAUGGCUGAUAAACAUCAAAGCCUGGCGGAAAACAUGGAUGAUAAAAGUAUGCCAACCAAUUUUAUAUCUUCUUUAAAUUUUUGUGCCUUAGAUGAUGAACAGGAACAAGAAAUAGAACUACUGAGUGAAAGAGAUCGCCACCAACUAAAGCAUAGAGAACUUUUUCUGUCAAGACAGGUUGAAACCCUGCCAGCUACACACAUACGUGGAAAGUGUACAGUCACAUUGUUAAAUGAAACAGAGUCAUUGGCCUCAUACUUGAAUAAAGAAAAUAAUUCCAGUAAUGAAUAUAAAGUAAUUGGAAUUAGAUUUGUUUCUUCUGCAUUUGACCAACAACAUUUCAUAUCUCUAGGUGAAGAUGAUGGCAGGCAUUUGGAAGAUCUUGAAACCCUAGUUUACACACCUCAUCAUAACUUAUCAGACAGACAAAUAGACCAGUUUCUUAUUAUCUGUAGAUCUAUAGGUACAUUUGCUAGAGCUCUGGAUUGUUCAAGUUCUGUGAAGCAGCCAAGCCUCCACAUGAGUGCAGCAGCAGCAUCCCGUGACAUCACCCUGUUUCAUGCAAUGGACAUUCUGCACCAACACAAUUAUGAUAUUGCAAGUGCAAUCUCUAGCCUAGUCACGCCAAAAGGUCCUAUACUCUGUCGAGAUGAGAUGGAAGAGUGGUCAGCCUCUGAGGCAAAUCUCUUUGAAGAAGCACUUGAAAAAUAUGGAAAAGACUUCAUUGACAUUAGGCAAGAUUUUCUUCCAUGGAAGAGUCUUAAAAACAUAGUUGACUACUACUACAUGUGGAAAACAACAGACCGUCAUGUUCAACAGAAAAGGGUAAAAGCAGUAGAAGCUGAAAGCAAGCUCAAGCAAGUCUACAUUCCCAAUUAUAAUAACAAACCAACUCCACUAAAUGGUCCAAAUGGGGAAACCUUGGUGUCAGGAGGACGACCUUGCGAGAGCUGCUACACUUUAAGUUCUCACCAGUGGUAUGCGUGGGGCCCUCCACUUAUGCAGUGUAGGUUGUGUCAGCUAUGUUGGAGUUUCUGGAAACGAUAUGGUGGUCUUAAGUAUCCCAGCAAGCUUGAUGGUGAACUGCAGACCUCAUCCCGGAGCUCAGAUAAUGACUCCUCCUAUUCAUGCAGGGACUGUAACAAAGCAUUUAAUCGGCAAGAACGGCUGACAGCACAUAUAGCUACACACAGACCUCAUCGAUGUGGGUUUAGUAGUUGUGGGAAGGAGUUCAAGCUCAAAGCUCACCUAGCGCGACAUUGUGCCUCUGUCCAUGAUUCUGCUAUUAGAGUUGGCAGUCCAAGACCUAUAAUAAAAACACGUGUAGCAUUCUACCUGUGUACCACACCACUGACACGACUUGCUCGCCGAGUUUGUGCUUAUCUCUUACAACCACACAGUGCUGCCAGAAACCCUUUCAAAACAAUCAACGUAGUGGCCGUGAAACAAGAAUGUCAAAAUAAGUUGCUUGAAGGAUUACCAAAAAUACCAAAACCUAAACCUCGAAAUCGAGGAUCCAUUCUUGAUAUUUCUCAUCGUUUGGGAGCCCCCAACAUACCAACACCUGAGUGGCUGAUAGCUUUACCUAAAGAUAAACUUCCUCAACCUGAACGUCUGGCUUUCAUUCCACCCCCACGUGGAAAAGGUGGUCAGCUUUUGAUCCCUUGGCCACCUUAUAAAGAAGAAUGCAGGUCUGUUGGUAUCAAUAGUGUCUUGCCAACAAUUCUAAGGAAACGUGGGUAUGAACAACAAAAUGGAGUAGAUGGGCCUGCUGCUAAACACAGAGCAGUUGUAGAUUCCUCAGCAGAUGUUUACAAAAUGGCUGAUUUACCCCGAGGAACAAUUAUAACUCGUCUAAAUGGACGAGCUAAGAUGGCUACCAUCAGGUUUGGAGGAAGAAAACAGACAAUAAGUUUAGUUGAUGCUCCAGAUGAUCUCUAUUUUGUAGCCACACCAUCUACAAGAAAACUCAGAAGACAGGUGGGGAUGAAUGAAGUACGUCGUGCUGCUAGACGACCAAGUAGAAAAUUAUAUGGAAAAAUUCCACAGUAUGGAAUCCCAUCUCAUCGACAAAUUAUUGUGCAGGAAUAAUCCUGCAGUUAGAAAAUGUGGAGGUAAAGCUGUAGUGAAUGACAAAGCAAACAAGCUAAUGUUGCCUGCUUGUUGAUAAUACCCAGAGUUUGUAUGAUAAGAAUACUUUGGAAGUUAUGGACAUUCCGUGCAUAUGAGCAAUCUUUCAGUAAGUUGCAAGGGAAAGAAUAGAAAAACAAGUGGGGUAGGUGAAUGAAUAUAAACAGUGGUGUUAUCAUAGUUCCAUCAUAAAGGAAAAACUGGCAUUGCUCUGGUUUUGAAUCUGCUCAGAUAGACAAUAAAUCUAAUGAAGAGUGUUAACAAGUUUUGAUGACGUGAUGAAGAUUGUGUUGAUUACAUCUUGUCUCUCAGAGAAACUCAAAUAGUCUUCAGUAAAUAGAAGUUUAGAAAAUGUUUCUUUCAUAAUGCACAGUAUUCAGUGAAAGAUAUCCUCUGUAAAGACUAAAACCCCAUCUUUGGAACCAUUAAAUCAUCUUCAUUGGAAGAAACUAGUAUUUUCUGUUGAAUACAUGGGGAUUUUUUUUUCAUGUCAGUGCCAGGUGGGUCCAGUAUUUAUAAAAAUACCAUUACAGUGUGUUGGAGCAUGGGUAAACCUGUUGGUUUGUAAUAUCUGUUACUGUAUUUGAAUUAAAUCAAAUUUUUCUUUUCCUAACAUGUAAAUGUCACCAUACGUGUAGUGUUGAUUUGUACCUGAUAAAUUUGAAGAAGAUUUUCCACCUUUUUAUCUCUGUUCGUUCUAAGAAAAGGAUGGUUUAGAAUCUUUAUGGUAGUAUUGAACUUGAAACUAUUCUUUACUGGACUGUACUAUAUUGAGAUGUAAUUGAAAUCAUUAUAAUUACAGAACAUAAAUAUUUCAAAACUAUAACUUCCAUCCACUAGUGAAAAACUGGCAUCACAAGAAAUGUGUUCAUUUGUUUUUGUAUGUAUUAUGUUGUGCAUAUUUCAUUUGUAAUACACUUAAAAUGACUGGUUUUAUACAAGACCUACCAGUUCUUAAAGUUUUAAUUGUAACAUUAGUGAAUAAGAAAUAUCUUUUAAAUUAUUUCCCUGAUUUGGUAACCAGGAAACCUGGGUAUGAUAUUGGUAAGGAAGUUUCACACAUAUUUUUCUUUCCUUGUGUGUUAAUUAUAAAUCCUUCACUUAUAUUAAUAGUUAAUGUACUUUUCAAUGAUAAAAUUUAAAAAAAAUGUAAUUUUAUGUAUUUAUUUUCAAUGCAUGCUUUCAUUAAUACUGUUUUUAAGCCUUAGAUUUCUGUACUGGGGGUAUAUUUUAAACUCAUUUUAACUAUGCCAUGCUUAAAAUUCUUUUCACAAUUGUUAACAAUUUCUUGGCUGUAUUACAUGAUUUAUCUUUUUUUUUCCUUAUAUAAAUUACAUCCAUGGUCAGCAUUUAGUAAAGAUUAAGCUGAUUCUGGUCAGGGCUGUUUACUUUCAGAAAACCCUAUGUAAACUGAUUUACAGCUGUGUAUAACUUACAAAAAUGUUAUAUGAUAUCCGAUUACUUGUCCAUUUAGGAGUCUACCUGGUCUGCUAUUGCCCUCUUGUUUGAAUUUUGUCUAUCAUUCCUGUUUAAAGGAAUGAAAAACUGAACCAAUCAAAAGGCAUAGCACCAAAGUUGCUAAUAAGUAAUUAUUUUUCGUUUUGUGGCAUUUAAUUUACCUGAUGUUUUAGUAUCCUUUAUAAAUGAUGUAUGCUCUUUAUGACAGGGUUGUUUUUUUAGGUUCAUGUAUUGCACAAAAUUUAACGUUACCAUCAAAAGGGUUAUUUCCUUGUCCAGUUUCUACUGAGGGGAUUUAUGGUAGGCACUUGUCAAGUAUUUAUUUUGUCAAUUUGUAUAAGGCUUUUGCAGGAUGUCUCUGAUAAUAAAAAUGAUUCAACAUUCAAA